GGCGCUUCCGGUGGCCUGCGACCCCUCAGUUGUCUCGGUGAUGUCGUGGGUUCAAGCUGCUGCUUCGGUCCAAGCCCCAGGAGACGACGGUGACGUGUUUGACCAGGAAGCUGACGAGUCCCUCCUGGUGCAGCGGGAAUGGCGGAGUCACAUGCGGAGACGAGUCAAAGAAGGUUAUAGAGAGGGAAUAGAUGCUGGCAAAGCAGUUGCUCUUCAACAGGGCUUCAAUCAAGGUUAUAAGGAAGGUGCAGAAGUCAUUAUAAACUAUGGACAACUCAGAGGAACAUUGAGUGCAUUGCUCUCCUGGUGUCACCUUCAUGAUAAUAGUUCAACUUUGAUCAGUAAAAUAAAUACUCUUCUGGAUGCAGUUGGCCAGUGUGAAGAGUAUGUGCUCAAACAUCUGACAUCAGUCACUCCACAGCCCCAAGUUGUAGAUUUAUUGGACUCCAUUGAGGAUAUGGACCUUUGUCAUGUAGUUCCAGCUGAGAAAAAGAUUGUUGAAGCUAAAGAUGAAAGACUCUGUGAAAAUAAUGCUGAGUUUAACAAAAACUGUAGCAAGCGCCCUAGUGGGAUAGAUGGUUCAUAUUUACAAUGUUGUAGAACACAGGAGCGUGCACAUUCUGAAAAGCCAAACCUCACUUGGAUUUUAGAAGAGACAGCCAGUUUAGUUAAACAGCUGGGAGUAUCAGUAGAUGUAUUACAGCACCUCAAACAACUAUAAAAAUUUUCUUCCCUUUUCUAAUGAAAAUAUUCAGAAUAUCUCUUAGAACAUUUUGUCUCCUAACAAGCUAACCAAAAUUUGUACUGGUUUCUUCAUUGAACACUACCUGUGAGGUUAUCCUUGAUGGAAAUCUGAAAUGUCUUCAAAAUUAAUACUAUUAAAUGUAACAUAAGCCUUU